AUGUUUAAUAUAUCAGAUAAUCAGUUUCAGCCAGACAAAUUGUACAAAAGUUUCUCGUUGAGCAGUCAUGAGACGAAGGUUUUCGGUGAAGCGGUCAAGGGUAUCAAAGUGCGUACAUGUCAUCGUGCCGGUGUGGUUCGUGUAUAUCGUGUGAACAGUCUUCAGCUACCUGCUGAUCAGCUAUGGUUCGUAGCGAUUGCUUCGUUUAUCCAAAUCGCUAUUGCCUACUCACAUCUGGUGUUUGAUAUGGAUGGCAAGAGCGAUUUCAGGUUUCAAGGCAAAGACGAAGAGGGUAACGAACGUCGUAUGACCGUGGCCGGCUAUUUCACAGAGCGCUACGGUGAACUGAAGUAUCCGAAACUACCGUGCCUUCAUGUCGGGCCAGUAACGCGUAAUAUUUAUUUCCCACUUGAAGUGUGCAUGCUGGACACACCGCAGAAGUACAGUAAGAAAUUAACCGAAAAACAAACCUCAGCAAUUAUUCGGGCGGCCGCAGUUGAUGCCACGGCACGUGAACAUCGUAUAGCGGCACUCUGUGAGCAGGCCGCAUUCCAAAAAGAUUCAUUCUUAAAGGAAUUCGGUCUACAAAUCAGUCCGAAGAUGUGCGAGACCACAGCUCGGGUCUUGAAUCCACCACGGAUUCUGUUCGGGGAGAAGAACCAUUAUUCGGAUCCGGUGGUAGUGCCAAAGGAUGGUGCUUGGUCUCUGGACAAUCAGCGCCUCUAUGUCCCAGCCAUAUGCCGUAGUUAUUCGCUUAUAGCGAUGAUCAACCCACUCGAGCAACGCACUCUCGAGUAA